AAUAUCAUUUUAUGACAUUUCAAAUAGCAGUCUCUAGUAAUAAUUUGCUGAUCAUGUAAAAGAUAUACCUAGGGUUCGAAUAUCAACCUACGGAGAAGUCGAUCUGUGUUAUUUCAGGAAACAUUGCAACUAUGGAGUCGAGAUCUUUUUACGUGGCAGAUUAUAUCGUAUUUACUGGGGUCAUUGUGUUAUCAAUCAGCAUUGGUAUCUUCCAUGCCCUGUCAGGUGGGAAACAAAUGACCACUUCAGAAUAUCAUCUGGGAAACCGGAGAAUGUCAAUUAUCCCUGUUGCCAUUUCGUUAAUAGUGUCAUUUGAAUCAUCCAUUAUGAUGCUCGGAACUCCCGCAGAAAUAUAUGUGUUUGGUAUACAGAACAUUAUGUGGGCCUUUGGAUGGUUUAUUGCUAAUUUACUCUCGAUUAAACUGAUGUUGCCUCUGAUUCACCCACUUAAAAUCACGAGCGCUUAUGAGUAUUUGGAAUUACGAUUUGAAUCACAUGCUGUACGUAUGUUCGGUACUAUGCUUGGAAUGAUUCAUUAUACCAUAUAUAUGGGGAUCGUAUUAUAUGGGCCAGCAAUUGCAUUAGAGGCAGUAAUGGGAUUUCCACAGAUUGCUUCGAUUGUGAUUGUAGCCAUUGCUGCUGUAAUAUACACGUCUGUGGGUGGGAUAAAAGCUGUUAUAUGGACAGAUGUCUUUCAGAGUUUAAUAAUGGUAGUUGGUAUAACGGCAAUUUUGAUCCAAGGUACAAUAUUAAGUGGAGGGGUGAAAUCAACGUGGAGUAUUGCUAAUGAUAAUGGGCGACUAAACUUUUUCGUUUGGGAUACUGAUAUAACUAGACGUCAUACAUUCUGGAAUUUAUUUGUCGGCAGUAUUAUCAAAGGGACCGGAAUGAUCUUUGAUCAAUCAUCUGUACAAAGAAUUUGUUCUAUACCAACACUGAAAGAUGCAAAAAGAGUGAUGCUAAUUGUGUCUCCAGUGUUCUUGAUAACAGUUUCUAUGGCCUGCUACGAAGGAAUCGUUGCUUACUCUUAUUACAACACGUUAGGAUGCGACCCCCUAAAAUCAAAACAAAUUACAAAUCCAAACCAGAUAAUUCCAUACAUGGUAAUGGAUAUGUUUAAUAGGGUUCCAGGAAUGCCAGGAUUAUUUUUGGCUUCAUUAUUCAGCGCUUCACUGAGUACAUUAUCGUCAGGUCUCAGCAGUUUAUCAGCUCUGUUUUGGCAGGAUAUAGUGAAACCUCAUACGAAACCAAUGUCUGAAGCAAAGGCAACCAUUAUUUCUAAAGUUGCAGUAAUAGUAUUUGGUCUUGUUGCAAUUGCCAUGGCUCUGUUGGUUUCUACUAUUGGAGGUACUUUAACACAGAUUGGAGGUACUAUAUUAGCUAUAGUUGGAGGUCCAUUGACUGGAUUGUUUCUUCUUGGUUGUUUCUGCCCAUGGGCUAAUGCAAAGGGUGCAAUCAUUGGUACAUUAUCUGGAAUAACACUCAUUACCUGGAUAAUAACAGGCCAGUACACGUCAACAAACGUACGACAAGCGGUGCCAUUGCCGUCCGCACCUGUUGAUAAGUGCUACCUACCUCUAAGGAACAUAUCCACAAUCUACAACAUGACAUCACCAGUCUCAAUGCCUUAUUAUGUAGAGUCUGAUAUAUUAACUACUGAAGUUCCUGAAACAGAUAAUAUACCGAGUGGUAUAGAUUAUUUUUAUUCAAUUGCCUAUCCAUGGUUUGGAGUGAUUGGUAUAUUUACUGUAAUGAUUGUUGGUAGUAUAAUUAGCUUUCUGACAGGUUAUACAAGACCAGAAGAUUCAAAUCCAUUGUAUUUAAUAUCGGCGGUGGAUGAAUUCUUUUUCUUUUUGCCAAAAUCUGUUAAAAAAUUUAUGAAAUUUGGAUAUAUUUAUAAAAAACCAGAGAUACAUGAAGAGGAAAAUGAAAAUGCGCUUCAAGGGCAGACGUCAGUUAUGAUUAAGAAUUCGAUGAAUAAACAUGUCAACAUCGAACAGAAACAUGAUUUAAAUAAUGCGAAUACAGCCUUAUUGACUGAAAAUAGUACUAAUCAUAGUGAUUCAGACAGAACAAAUAGAAACAUACCUUUGAUAUCUAUAGAAUGUGAUCGACAUGAAGCAAAGGCUUAAAUAAAAUUUAUCAUCUUAA